AUGCGCCUAUACGAUCUCCUUCCACUCUUCCCUCCUUUCCGGCCGUUGCUCGUCUUCCUACCCAGCCCAGCCACCCCGCACGCAGCUCCGUUCGUCGGCGUAAAUCCGUACUCCCUUGCGUUUAAUGUGCAGUCUGCUUCGUCUUUCCAGUCCCACAACGCCGCGCCGUUUCCGUCCGAGAACCAGCAGGAGUUUCCCGUUUCCAGCGCACGUCAAUGUGGUCGGAUUCCGUUACAGCCGCCAGUAACGGAAACUAAUAACAGUAGCAACAGCAACAAUGAGAAUACUGAUAACUACGGCGAGAAUUCGUCCGGCCCUCCGUCGCGGAGCGCGUUCGACCUCCAAACCCCCAACAUGAACUUCGACGCCCCGUGCGACGCUCCGUGCGACGCGCCGUGCGACGCGCCGUGUGACGCUGCGACGCGCAUGAUCCGGCUGCCAUACGACCUGCAUCCGCCGGACAUAAACCUGCCGCUUUCACUACCCAUCCCCAUGUCCAUGUCCAUGUGCCUCGACCUCGAUCUAGACGCCGCAUCCCCCGCGCACCACCCCGCUAAUGCCGCUCAUCCCACUGAUGACACUGACGCGGCUGCGAACUCUCCUGCUCCUGCUGGUGCUGCUGACGCUGCUGCUGGUGGUGCGGAUGGUGGGGAGCGCGGCAUUGGUGCGGGGGGACGGGACGAUGGGAGAGGCGCGGAGGCGGAGCAGCGCGGAACGGGAGAGCACGGUAGGGCUGGGGAGCUUGGCGGAAACGGCGAGCUGGGGGCAGCCUGUGCGGGGAUUCUGAGGGCUUUCCAGGGCGCGGAAGGGGAGAACGCGGAGAAUGGGUCCGCGGAGGGCGCAGAAGGGUUGGAAGGGGGGAACGGGCGAGAACAACAGGCGGAGCAAGGAUCCGAUCAGGGGGACGGGCAGGAAGCAAGCACUGAUGCUGGCGGGGGUACUGGCGGGGGUACUGGUGGGGAUGGUGGCGGGGAUGGUGGAGGAGAGAUUGGCGGAAUGGCGCUCUGGUGGGAUGUAGCAGAGCCAGCAAGGGAUGGUGACAGGGACGAGCUCGCAUGUGCAGCAGAGGCAGCAAGGGGCGUGGAGACAUGUCGCGCUGCUAUUGGUCCCAGUGGCUGCGCUAGUGGCAGCGGGAGCAUGCUGGAUGCCGCUCCUGCUGGUACAGCCGCCGCUCCUAGUGGUAACACCACCGGCGGUCGCAGCAGCAGUGACAUUCCGAGGCGGUACAGUGCGCGGGAGGACCGUGUGUGGGGCGCUCACUUCUUCUUCUCCCACUACUACGCCUCCACCCUCGCCCAAUCGCGGGGAGAGGAGGCGUUCAUGGUACAGCACGAUGUGGAGAAUGGGUACAUGUGGGCGCUCAGUGUGCGGCCAGAGCAUGCACUGGGGAAGAUGCAGCUGCGCUCAUUCAUCAACGGCAACUCCAGGUGUGCCUGCACCUCCCCCUCCACCACAUGCGUUGCCUCCCACUGCACGCCUCUUCUUCCUCCCCCUUCCACUAUAUGA